AUGGAAUUUGUGCAGUAUUCAUUGCCGAGAAUUAACGAGCGGUUCAGUGCCAAGCUGCGGUGUAUUGCUUCUAUCCCACCUCCACUUCAGAGCCUUUGCGCUGGCCAAGGAUGUGACCAGGUUGAAACUGAUGGUCAAGUUGAUGAUCCUCCUCAGUAUCCCUUUAGCGGUGGUGCCUUUGAAAAGCCAGUUUCGACCCGCAGCCAACUGGAGUCUCGCAUCGUGAAACUCUGGAAGAAGGUCUGGCUAGGCCUUUACCAGAUCGAUGACGACGAGGAUCGAUACCACGUUGAGCGACUCGAGGCACUUUCCCUUGGAGCUGGCUUAACUCGCACAUAUCGAGUUGGCGAGCUUCAAGUUCUCAGGCGACAUUUUCUCCGCAGCGAGACUAACAACGCUGUUGCUUCGCUGAAGCUUUUCCAGGGUCUGUCUCUUUCGACCCUCCUAUCUGUGGUCCAUAUUUUGGAGGCAUAUGAAAGCGAAAUUGACAACAUGAGGCUACUCUAUAUCAUUUUGCGAAGUGGUCAGCUUGCACUGCAUGAGACUGCUGACCUUGCUCAAACUGCUGUUGUCAGGGCUGAGUAUAUGGAAAUUGCGGAGCCGAUGGAGAAACGUAUCAGACAGUACGAUAUUCGAAUGAAUGUGGUGAACAUGGACAUCUGUGAUGAGGCAAUGGGCUUCUAUCGACGACAAAAGGGAGAAUAUGUUUAUUACAAGGCAUUCCCAAAUGCGUGGUAA